GAUUUACAGCUGUUUUUACAAAUCUUGGUAAGAGUGGAACAAAGGGUCCAGACUCAGUUGGCAGUCACUACACAGGUCAGGAUCAUGACGGACAAGUUACAGUGUCCAGCGGUAUUCAACUGUGGACUGUGCCACACACUGGUGAAUACAGAAUAGAAACAAUAGGAGCCUCAGGGGGGUACAGUAAGGACAGUGUCAUCAACGGAGGGAGAGGGGCGCGGAUGAUUGGAAACUUUAUGUUGACCAAAGGUGAUAACAUUAGUAUACUUGUUGGUCAAAGAGGGCAAAAAGCGUAUUCUAACAAAAAAACUGGCUCAGGCGGAGGAGGUACAUUUGUAGUAAGAGGAGACAACAAGCCUUUGAUCAUAGCCGGAGGUGGAGGAGGAGUUGCAAAUAUGACAGAACAAUAUUCAGGAUGUGAUGCGUCCAUAAACACAACAGGGAAUGCAGGGUAUAACUCGCCAUUCCUGUCAGGAGGAAUGAACGGAUAUGGAGGACAAACUGAUGAACCGAACUCUGGUGGUGGCGGUGGCGGUGGCGAUUUUGUUAUUAAGCCGUGUUACUGUAAGACAAACAGUGCAACAUGUGGUUCUAGAGGUGUUUAUAUUUGA